AUGCGGUCGUCGGUGCCUAGUUAUAAGGUUGUCCUACUUGGUGAGGGACGCGUGGGGAAGACAUCUCUCAUCUCCCGUUUCGUUAACGACACCUUUGAUGCCCAGCAGCGUAGCACCACACAGGCCAGCAUGUACAGCAGUGUCAACGUUCCAUUGCUUAACAGUGACAAAACCGUCAAUCUCAAUGUGUGGGACACCGCGGGGCAGGAGCGGUUCCAUGCGCUUGGUCCUAUUUAUUACCGCAAUGCCAACGGCGCAAUCCUCGUCUACGAUGUGACGGACGCUGACACACUCGAGAAGGUGCGUCUGUGGAUUCGAGAGUUGCGCGCAGUGGUUGGGGACCAAAUACAACUCGUCGUGUGCGCGAACAAAUCCGAUCUCGAGCAGGAGCGAGAGGUGAGCGAAGAGAAGGGCCGGAGAUUCGCAAAAGAUCACGGAGCUCAGCACCUCUCAACGAGUGCUCGGACGGGAAUGAAUGUAGCGGAGGCGUUUCAGACGCUAGCAACAGCUAUAGCAUCGUCAGCGGGAGCCACAGGGGGUGGAGGGAGUGGAGGUGGCGGUAGCAAUAAUAACAAUAGUGCCAGUGGAGCCGGUGGCAGUGUUUUCUUUGAGUCGGAAGGAUCGAGUGCCUGGGCACCGAAGCGUCGCAAGCGGCGAGGGUUGCUGCGGAUUGAAGAUGAUAUGCCGGGGGAGGAUGAUGAGGUGGCGAAUCUUGUGUCAGGUGGCGGUGGCAAACAUAGCACUGUGAACCUCAGUUCAAACCCGAACGUAGCAGCUGCGACACCUCGACGGAACCGCUGUUGUUCCUGA